AUGGUUAAUCAAAUGGCGACGUCAAGCAAAGAUUUAACGCAACGUACACGUCAACUUGAAGAACGUAUUGUCGAUCCACGUUCGUCCAUAUCUAUCGAUAGUCUUCUCGACUCACUUAUUGCGCUAACGUAUGAUUCCGAAGGUCUCAAGAAGACGAAGAAUUUCGAUACAUUCUUCUCAAAGUUUCAUGCACCGACGAGGGAAAUUCGGGAGAAAAGAGUCAACUUUGAUGAUUUCGAAACAUUGAAAAUCAUCGGUCGUGGUGCAUUCGGUACCGUUGAUCUCGUACGACAGAAACCAUCUGGACAAGUUUAUGCGAUGAAGACAUUAAGCAAAUUUGAAAUGUUGAAACGCUCUGAUAGUGCCUUCUUUUGGGAAGAACGAAAUAUUAUGGCAUUUUCAAACAGUGAUUGGAUCGUGAAACUUUACUAUGCGUUUCAAGAUGCGAGAAAUUUAUAUAUGAUUAUGGAGUACAUGCCCGGUGGUGAUUUAAUAACUCUGCUUGAACGUUAUGAAAUAAGUGAAAGUUCCGCUCGAUUCUAUUGUGCUGAAGUAGUCUUAGCAGUAGAUGCAAUUCAUACUCUCGGUUACAUCCAUCGAGACAUAAAACCUGACAAUAUGUUACUUGAUAGUCAUGGACAUUUGAAAUUGGCCGAUUUCGGUACUUGUAUAAAAAUGGACAAAGAUGGUUUAGUUCGAUCUGAUACUGCCGUUGGUACACCAGAUUAUAUCAGUCCGGAAAUUCUAAAAUCCCAAAAUACAACUGGUGUUUAUGGACGUGAAGUUGACUGGUGGUCUGUUGGCGUUUUCCUCUACGAAAUGUUACUUGGUGAAACGCCGUUCUACGCAGAAUCAUUAGUUGGAACAUAUCAUAAGAUUAUGAACCAUCGUGAAAAUCUUAGUUUUCCAGAAGAAGUUCCAUUAUCAACUGAAGCUCGCUCCUUGAUCUGUGCUUUUCUCAGUGAUAGAUCCACUCGUUUGGGUAAAAACGGUGUCGCUGAAGUGAAAGUACAUCCAUUUUUCGCAAGUCAAAAUGAAUGGGCUUGGGAUACUAUACGAAAAGCAUCCGUGCCUAUCGUUCCACCUUUGACCAGUGAUGAAGACACAAGCAUGUUCAACGAAAUCGAGAAUAUCGAUACUCCGUCAGAAGAAUCGUUUACAAUUACUAAAGCAUUCGUUGGCAACCAACUAUCUUUUAUUGGAUUCUCUUUCUCCAAUGAACAACAACCGUUUCUAGAUCGUCACACGACAAAUAAUUUAACCACAUUCACUAGCCCGGAUCUUGGACAACGUUUACAAGAAAACGAACGAUUAAAAGCUGAAUUGGAAGUCCGUGUUCGACGUCUACAUGAUGAUUUGAAUGCAAAAUGCCAAGAAGAGCAAUUGUUGAAUUCAAAACUGUACGAUGUUGAAAAAUUAAACGUUGUUUUAGCGACAGAAUUGAAAGAAGUUUGUCACGAAAAAUGUUUCAUUGAUAAUUUGAAAAAUGAUUUCUUAUUUCAACAGGCUCAACGGAAACAUGAACUCGAAUUAGAGGGUCAUCGUUUACAUGAGAAGAACGCAGAAGAUAUCAAACUCGCACUUGAAUAUGAGAAACAAAGCAAAAUUCAAGUGGAUGUUACAAAUCGCGAAUUGACAGAUAAGAUUACACAUCUCGAACGACAAUUAGAGAAAAUGAAUGAACAGCUUCAAAUGGUUACCGAUCAGAAUAAACGGUUGGAAAAACUCAAUCAAGAAUUGCAAAAUACUUAUACACACUUCGAGCGCACAUACAGCGAUUCCAAUGAAAAAUAUCAAGAAUUGACAACAAUCAAACUCCAAUUGGAGAAAGAUCUACUCGAACAACAACUGAUUGUUGAACACGAGAAAAAUGGCAAAAUUGCUGUACUCGAGAAACUUCAUGAGCUCGAAGAAAAGUGUAACAAUAUGACGAUCGAAUUAUCGAAAUCGAAAGAUCGAGACAUCUCACAAAUGAACGAAGUUGCCGAAUUACGUCAAACAUCUGCAUUGUUGGAACGAGAAAAAUUGACUCUUGAAGUUGAUCUUAAUGCACUACGUGCCAAACUAUCUGAAGAAGAAGCUGCACAUAAGAAAUUUCAAGAGCAAAUUCUCGUCGAGAAGCUGAACCGCGCUGGAAAUGAUGAAGAAAUCAAUCAUCGCAGCGACGAAAUUAUCAAAGAUCUGGAACGGCAAUUGGAUGUCGAACGUUUAGCUUUGAAGAAAUCCAAUGAAGAAUUGACACAAACGCAAAAAAACGUUCGAAUGCUUGAAGUUGAUAUCAAAGAAUUAAAAACGAACUACGAUCAAUUGACACAAGAACAUAGGUUAUUGAUACAAUCGAAAGAACAACUUACCGAACAAAUGGAAUCCGAUUAUAACCAACGUCGAAUUGAACAAGAAAAAGAUCUCAAAUUGAUGCAACAACAACUAAAUGAUUCAUUAACAAAAGAGGCACAGAUGGAAAGUAAAUUCAGUCAAUUAGAAAAAGAAAAUCAACGUCUUCUGGAUGAAUUAAAUCAUUUGGAUGAUGAAUUUGAGAUGAUUAAAACUAAACUUCUUGAUUAUGAAAACCAACUCGAGGAGAAAAACAAAAUAAUCGUACUUUCUCGUACGCAAAUCAAAGAACUGAAGGAUGAGAUCGCUGAGUUGACAGAAAACCUUCAACAUACAAACAGCGAACAACAGAAUAUCAUCGAUGAAAGGGACAAUUUCUUCAAGCAACUUGAAAUAGCGAAUACGAAAUUGAAAACCGACAGUGUUAAUCGUAAUUUAUUAGAAGAACAAUGUGCAGAAUUGGAAAAGGAGAAGAAGUUUAUGAUGAUCGAAAUGGAUGCAAUAAGAAAAGAAUUUAAUACUCGACUGAAUUUAUUAGAUUCAGAAAUUAAUACGUUCCGUGAUCGACACGAAAAAUUACAACAUGAUCUGGAACAGGCAAUCAAAGAGCGUGAUAUCAUCAGUGCGAAAUCGGAACAAGCACUUCAUAAAUUCGAUGAGUCGGAACGGCAGGUACAAGAACUGCGUAAGAAAGUUGAAGAAGAACGUGCAGUGAAACAGACGUUGGUUGACAAAUUACUGGCACUAGCAACGGAUCCAUUGGCGAAUAAUCCAUUCUAUUCUCAGCCGGUAGGCAGCAAUAGUCGUCGAAGUGAACGAGAUCGCAAUCGUAAUGAGCACAAUAUGGUGCGACGACUCGAACAAGCGUUGAAUGUGGAACGUGAAAAAUAUAAAAAAUUACAAAAUGAAAAAGACGAAGAUGUGUCUGCAUUGAACGAAGAAGUUAACAAAUUAAAACGUGACCUCGAAACCAAACAAGAUGAGAUUGACAAGCUGAAACACCAGCUUGAUAUACGUCGCUCAAUCGAUAACAUGUCAACAAUAACAGAAGAUUUGGAGGAAGAUAAUAAAGAAACUUGGGUACAGAUUCCAAAGAAGAGUAAUAUCCAGAAAUAUGGCUGGAAGAGACAACUUGCCAUUCUAGCGAAGAAUAGAUUGUCUUUGUACAAUUCCGAAAAGGAUCAGCAACCUUCGAUAUCGAUCGACAUUGAUAAACUUUACCAUGUCCGAGCAGUGAAUCAAGGUGAUGUUCUUCAUGUUGAUCCUCAAAUUAUCCCGAAAAUCUUCCAAAUUAUCUAUGAUAGUCAAGCCCACACGAUACCCAAUCUAGUGACAUCGAUGGGAAUGCAUUCACUUGAUUCAGAACGUCAUAAUGGAGAAUAUAUUGAACAUAAAGGUCAUCAUUUUGUUAUUGUAACAUAUCGUAUGAGAACUGAAUGCGAAGUAUGUAAUCAUCCAUGUUAUAAUUUAUUAUCCCCACCGCCAUGUCUCCAAUGUACCCAAUGUCGUGUUCGUUGUCAUAAACAACACUAUGAUGAUGGAGAUUUUAUUCAACCAUGUCGAGUCUAUGACACGUCGACAGCUAAAGAAUUAUUAGUGAUGUGUUCGAGUGAAAACGAACAAAAACGAUGGAUUGCAAAACUAAGUGCCAAGAUAUUACCGCGGCCAGUGGCUGAUCCACCAAGAAAAAGCAAAACAUCGUCUCUGAAACUCUUGAAGAAGUCGUCAACUAUGCCUACAACAAUGCCUGAUUUUUAAUCUCGUACAACAUCACAUCAUUCACCGAAUACAAGUGUUAGUUCAUCUUCUUCCAAUUUGAAUACUAGUAAUUCUGAUCAAACAUCAAAAGAAAAGUUCUCGACACUUUCAACUCGUGCUAAGUGA